AUACGAAUAUCUCACUAACAAAGGAAACUUACCACUAACAGCUUCUGGUGACAUAAUUACUCUGUAAAUUCCCAUUUUUUCACCGAGAGAAAACUAGAAAAAAACAACAAAAAAUGGAAACUGUAACAUUCUAAAAGAUUCAUUGUUAACAAAAACAACAGAGAAACAUAAUACUGAUUUUCCAGGAUUUACUCCCUCAAAUCUCUCCUUCAAAUACUCUUCCUAAUUUCUUCUGUUUUUAUUUUGCUUGUUUCCUGCGAAGAUCUCUCUCUCUUCCUCUGUCUCUUGUUUUUUUUUUCUUUCUCUUGAUUUUUGUUUUUUGUUUAUGGAUAUGGACAAGAUGAGCUAUGAAGCCAAGACAACGACAGAGACUUCAGGCUCAAGUGACUCUGUCUUGCACAUCACGAAACGCAUGAAACCUACUUUGGUUACGACGACGACCAUAAAACCUGCCUUGUCCAACACGACGAAAUACAAAGGAGUGGUUCAGCAGCAGAACGGUCAUUGGGGUGCUCAGAUUUACGCAGAACACAAACGGAUUUGGCUUGGAACUUUCAAAUCCGCUCCUGAAGCCGCUGCGGCUUACGAUAGCGCAUCGAUUAAGCUUCGAAGCUUUGACGCUAACUCGCACAGGAACUUCCCUUGGUCUGAUUUUACGGUUCAUGAACCGGACUUUCAAGAGUGCUACUCAACAGAAGCUGUGUUGAACAUGAUCAGAGACGGUUCUUACCAGCACAAGUUCAGAGAUUUUCUUAGAAUCCGGUCUCAGAUUGUCGCUAACAUCAACAUCGUUGGUUCAAAACAAGUCCGAGGAGGAGAAGGAGGAGCUCAAGAAUCGAACAAGUGUUUCUCGUGCACACAGCUUUUUCAGAAGGAACUGACACCGAGCGAUGUAGGGAAACUGAAUAGGCUUGUGAUACCUAAGAAGUAUGCAGUGAAGUAUAUGCCUUUCAUUAGCGAUGAUCAAAGCGAGAAAGAGACGAGUGAAGGAGUAGAAGAUGUGGAGGUUGUGUUUUAUGACAGAGCAAUGAGACAAUGGAAGUUUAGGUAUUGUUACUGGAGAAGUAGCCAGAGCUUUGUCUUCACCAGAGGAUGGAAUGGUUUCGUGAAGGAGAAGAAUCUCAAGGAGAAAGAUAUUAUUGUCUUUUACACUUGCGAUGUCCCCAGCAAUGUGAAGACAUUAGAAGGCCAAAGCAAGAACUUCUUGAUGAUUGAUGUUCAUUACUUUUCAGGCAACGGUUUCAACCUUCCCGAGGAAGUAAACAAGACGGUUCACGAGAGUUCUGAUGAAGAAAUGAAAACAGAAACCCUCUUUAGCUCGAAGUUAGAAGAAGAAACCAAAUCAGAGGAGAAGAAAGGAGGGUUUAUGUUGUUUGGUGUUAGGAUCCAAUAGCUACUUGGUUCUUAGGGAUUUUUAUUAUAAC